AAAAUCUCAAAAAUAAAAUUAAAGAAUUAAAAGAAUUAUGUGAAGAAUAUCAAAAAUUACAAGAUAAAUAUAAAAAAUUAGAAAAUGAAAAUAAGAAAAUAAAUGAACAAAAAGAUCAUUAUUAUAAUGAAUGUUUAAAUUUAAAUUAUUGA